CCCCCUCCCUCCCCACUCCCAACUAUCACCACAAGGGGAUCUUUCCUCCUUCUUUCCAAUUGAGAGUGAUCUUCGCCCUUUGGCCGUACCGCACCCAAUGGAGUCGCUUCUCCAGCAGUCUCGAGCCAUGUGCCCGUUCCUCAAGCGCACCUCCCCGUCCACUCUGCGCACUCUGUCCACCGCCACUCGUCCCAGCAUCAGCCCUGGAGGCGGCACUAUGUCAAACCUCCAGGUUCUAGCCCGUCGCUGCCCCGUCAUGAGCAAGGCUCUGGCCGUCCAGAGCGCCCGUUUGGCCAACACCAAGCGCUUCACCUCCGGUGUCGCCGGCAUGGAUCCCAGGUACUUCCGCCCGGUUCCCACCAAGCGGGCCUUGCAUUCGACCUCGGGCAAUGGCGCGGACGUUGCUCCCAAUGUCUACAAGGACUCUCAGAGAGUCGACCCCGCUUUCCCCGGUGUCAAAGGCCGCUUCGAAGCCCCCAGCGGCGCAACCGUCACCGGUCCCCGCCCUGAUGCCCCGAAGGUUGCGCCCUUCGACUACAACGCUUUCUAUAACGGGGAGCUGGACAAGAAGCACAAGGACAAGUCGUACCGUUACUUCAACAACAUCAAUCGUCUGGCCAAGGAGUUCCCCCGUGCCCACACGGCCUCUCAGGAGGAGAAGGUGACCGUGUGGUGCUCCAACGACUAUCUCGGUAUGGGCCGCAACCAGGAGGUUCUGAAGAGCAUGCACCAAACACUGGAUACUUACGGCGCUGGUGCGGGUGGUACGAGAAACAUUUCGGGACACAAUCAACAUGCGGUAGCCCUCGAGGGCACUCUCGCCAAGUUGCACAACAAGGAGGCCGCCCUGGUCUUCAGUUCCUGCUUCGUUGCCAACGACGCUACCUUGGCCACUCUGGGUAGUAAAAUGCCCGACUGUGUCAUUCUCUCCGACAGCCUCAAUCACGCCUCCAUGAUCCAGGGUAUCCGCCACUCCGGCGCCAAGAAGAUGGUGUUCAAGCACAAUGAUCUGGUCGACUUGGAGACCAAGCUGGCCUCUUUGCCUCUGAACGUCCCCAAGAUCAUCGCUUUCGAGUCUGUAUACAGCAUGUGCGGUUCGAUUGCCCCCAUCGAGAAGAUCUGCGACUUGGCCGACAAGUACGGGGCGAUCACUUUCUUGGAUGAGGUGCACGCCGUUGGCAUGUACGGCCCCCACGGUGCGGGUGUCGCGGAGCAUCUCGACUAUGACGUUUACGCCUCGCAGGACACCGCCAACCCACGCAGCACCAAGGGCACCGUGAUGGACCGCAUUGAUAUCAUCACCGGUACCCUGGGUAAGGCGUACGGCUGUGUCGGUGGAUACAUUGCUGGUUCCGCCGCCAUGGUGGACACCAUCCGUUCUCUGGCCCCGGGAUUCAUCUUCACCACCUCCCUGCCUCCUGCCACCAUGGCCGGAGCGGACACUGCCAUCCAGUACCAGGCCGAGUACAAACGCGACCGCGUCUUGCAGCAGUUGCACACCCGGGCCGUCAAGGAAUCCCUGAAGGAGUUGGACAUUCCCGUGAUCCCGAACCCGUCCCACAUCAUCCCCCUCCUAGUCGGCGACGCCGAGGUCGCCAAGCAAGCCUCGGACAAGCUUCUGGAGGAACAUGGCAUUUACGUCCAAGCCAUCAACUACCCCACCGUCCCGCGGGGUGAAGAGCGACUCCGCAUCACCCCCACUCCGGGCCACGUGAAGGAACACCGCGACCACCUGGUUCAGGCGCUCCAAACCGUCUGGAACGAUUUGGGCAUCAAGCGCGCUAGCCACUGGAAGGCUCAGGGCGGUUUCGUCGGCGUCGGCGUCGAAGGAGCCGAGGCUGCGAACCAGCCUAUCUGGGAGGACGCCCAGUUGGGUCUGCAGGAGGGUGAAGACUUGGAGACCGCCGUCACCCGGGAGUUCCAGGACGCGGCAGCUGAGGCGCUGCUUGCGCAGGCCUCGGCCCGGAUGCAGACCGCCGCCGCCGGGAUCCGUCCUGCCGCCGCCGUGGCCUCAGGCAUUCCUGUUGGCGUCGCCGCCUAGAUCCAUGUCUUGAGAACCCCCGAAUGUUUCAGAGAAACAUAGUCCUGUGGAUGUAUGCUGUAAUCAUUUGUUCCACGUCCAAUCCUUUUUAUUAACAAUGCCAUCACCUCAUAUAAUGCUGGAG